AUGGUCUUACUAUCGAACAAGCCCACAUUCCUGUGUCUCUUCCCUCUGAGUGCAUUAACGUUCAAGAAGGCUCUUAAAGAUUUGAACUGUCUAUGCCAGGUGGCUGCGACACUCACUACUAGUGGUGGUGUCAUGGACUGUACGAAGGCAGCUUGGGCACUGAACCGUGCUACGCACGUCGUAAAGACUAAAGUGCCGCUCGAGCAGAGGAUGGUUUUUGUUCAUAUCGUUCUUGUAUACUUGACUCGUUCGCGGCUUCGUCUUCUGCUCGAGUACUUAGAUAGUAUGAACCAGGCCAGUCAAACCGACUCGCGCCUUCCAGUCACACCACCCAUCUCUCAAGUUUCAAGCAUUCAAGUCCUUCUGAUUCGAGACACCAUGCUAGAUGCGGUUGUGGAAGUAAGCCCUUGGGAUCCUUACCAACGUUAUGCUCCUGUCAAGACAAGCCCGCCGGUGAACAUUGAAAUGGACUGUGACGCCAGUAGGGUGAAAACGUUGACUGCGCGGGGAUACUACAUACCAAUAUCAUUGAGGAAGGCCUGGAUGGCUCAGGUCAUAUUGGUCCAAGGCAUUCUCCAUAGUAUGACUGCGUGCACAGGACCGAUGUCAACACCAACCGGGGCGGACUCUGGGCUAGAUAUCCUGGGAUUGAAACUUCUUGCGGAGCAUGCCCAGAUUAAAUUGAUCCAAUCAAACGAAGACCGGCUGUGGGCGAUCGAGCCCCGCGAUAUCUAA